AUGAGAGUUUGCUUGAUCGUCUCGGAAACAGCGUUAAUAGGCGAAUCUUCAGGCGAGGCUUCAUUUCUUUCUAAUGAAGGUCGAGUGGCGGAAAAUGGUGACGGUUCAGAUCUCGUAAGAUUCGGAGAUGUGUUCGGAGAGGACCGUGACGAUUUGGACCCUUUUCUAUAUCUUGUCCAUUUUGAUCUCUUUAAUUGUGUACCGGGCGUGCUCAGAUCGGAUUCUGCGCUGGAGGUGGACGACGCACGGGUUAAUGACGACUCAAAGUCCAGAUUCUCCUUUAUUCGCCGCGAUGAUGAUGACAAUGUCCGGGCCAAAGUAACCGCGUCGGUGUCGUCCAGACCGGCCAUUUGGGACAACGAAGCCAGCUCUGCGGUGAGCUGUUUAAUAGACGGUUUCCUACCAAGCCCAUGCUCGGAUAUCUGUGGUUCCGUUGACCACUCAGAGUUGGAGCCAGGGUCACGGGAUUCGUACGACAAUGAUGAACGCGAGGAAGAGGAGCGCUGGAGCUUUGAAGUAAUUUCGUCCACGGUUGCCUGA